AUGACUUCUACAGCUCCCCCGGAAAGUGAAUCUUCGGAUGACAUUGGUCCACCUGCGGAACUUGGUCCGAUUAUCCGUAGUUAUCACUUUUACAAUGAUCUGGUUGCCGGUGUAUUAAGCAUUAUGCUCAAUGUUCUUGUGAUAUUAGUAUUUACUACACGGAUAUCAACUGCUUCAAAACUAUUCAAAAAAGUGAUGACAGUUACAAAACUUGUCGAGAUGUUGUUUAGCGCAAGUUAUAUUUUGACAGCUCCGGUAUUCACAUCAAUUUCGGUCGAUGAUUCAUUUACUGGUCUUAUGAUUGUUAAUACUGGGUGGCAAUUCAAUUUCUAUUAUAGUCAAAUUGUUCUUGCCGCGGCACUUGUUUUUCUAACUCAACAAAUUUUUCUAGCCCCUUGGCUUUACUACAUUAGAUAUGAUCAAGUUUGCAAAAAACAUGGUGUUAGAUGUAUCGAUUUCUUAAAAAUGCUAAUUAUCAAUUUAAUUUUUCAAGUUCUCACAUCAGUGAGCCUUUGCUUUUCGUCUUUCCCAACUAGUAAGGACAUAACCGAGCUUCAAUUUGUUGCCAAUAAGUUUACUGGUUCAAACUCUGCAUUUCUUCUUUUAUCAUAUACGAAAGAAGUGGAUACUGUCAGGGAACAGAUUGAACACGUCGGAUCAAUAAUGUCUGCGGUUGCUUACGUAUUAACUUUAAUCUUGUCAAUUUUGGUCAUGAUUUUGUGCACGAUAAAAAUCAAUUUAAAAGUUCGAGAAUCAAAAAACUCAAGUAACAAUUUAUUGGUACUGCAGAAGAAGAUGAAUCGAGUUUUAUUGGCACAGUUCUUCUGUCCAUUAAUAUUCAUUCAAGCUCCAUUCUACUAUUCAGUCCUUGGUCCGAUAGUUGGACUUUCCCAAGGCCUUGUUACAGACCUUCUCCCUCUCCUUUUUGCCUGGUCACCUGUUGUAAACACCCUUUUUAUAUUCAUUCUAAAUUCGGAAAUUCGAAAUGCAUUGAUCGGAAAACAACAUGUAUCAACUUCUGAAGUUCGGUCAUUUGCAAAUAAAAGCUGAUUCUAAAUCAAAAAAUCUUUUUUUUCUGUAUCAUUUGCGUCUGUGUUUUUGUCUCUUAACAUUGGGUUUAUUUGUUUGUUGGUUUCUUACCACAUUUCUGGAUAUUUUUAAUAAAUCGAUUUAUUUGUGA